GACGUGCGAAACACGUGACAGGCGUUCAAUCGGUUAUUCGCCAGUAGUUUGCGGGCCUCUCACCGGAGCCCUCACUCCCGAUGUCUUGCGACUCGACAAUGGAUAUCACAUCCGAUGACAUCGACUACAGACUAACGCUGCAGUCGAGGGAACCGUUGUUCCCCUUCCCAGCGGGCGAUCUAACCGCCGAUGACUUUACUCUUAAGCAAGUGAUGAAACUGUACGAAAUGAAUGACAGGAAACUGCAAAUAGAGAUCAAAUUGAUAUCACCGAACGAGUUCCGGAUUAACCCAUUCAGACAUAACGAGCACUUCAUCGAGAUCUUCAGGAAUAAGAAGCGCAUGAAGAGGAGGUCCAACAAAGAGCUGAAACACGCGUAUGAGUUGGAUGUGAGGCACUAUAAGCACGUGAUCUCCAGCCUCCAGCGAUAUCAAGAAGAUUACGGCAUAACUGUUAACUACAAUAAGUUGGACAAAGAGAUGAUGAACGCACUGAUGGCCAACAGUCACACCAACGACACUAUCAUGACAUACAUCAUGAACUCUGACCGCGAAAGGGAUCACAUGAUCGCCUCCUUGGAAGACGACACGCGGUUCACGAAAGCCAUUCAAUACAUGAAUUCUCACGACAUGUUCGUCGACCUCACGGAUCACCAGAAGAUCUCGUUCUUUACGGCCAUCUCUCGCAACGGGAAAUGUAUUCUUCGCGACUCGUUUGGCAAGUCGUUGACUGCGCUGACGAUUAUGACGUACUUCCGGGACGAAUGGCCACUGAUUAUCGUCUGCGACGCCGACCGCAAGACCUAUUGGGCCGAAGAGAUCGACGUACGGCUCGUGUGCGCCAAAGACCUGAAGGUGUCGGUGGCGGACACUGUGGCCGACGUGUACUGCUAUCCGGAACCGUUUCACGACAUUCUGAUCAUGGAUUACGAGCUCUACUACGAGCUGAUGGACACCAUUAGCUUCCGGUGCGUUGGCGUCAAAGCCUACAUCUUUGAGGACCAGUCGAGAGGCACCGAAAACCGGCGCCAAUGGAAAGGGUUGUCCACGUGUUUCGAGCACUUGAAGGACGCCAAACGGCUGCUGUUUGUGAGCACUGAAAGCGGUUUCAAUUUAGACGAACCCAAGAACUUGUACCCAAUGCUCAGAAUACUUGAUCCCAAGACGUUCGCAGACUUUACCGAUUAUUACGAGAGGUAUUGCGAUAAAUCCGAUGAGAUUCAGCAUAAGCGCAACGCAAGGGAACUGGAGAUUCUGUUGCGGUCGACGUUUGUGUCGCCCAUAGCUUUCGACCCCAACUGAUCCCAUGGCUGAACAGAUUAUCACCUCAUUGUCAACGAUUUUUGUUUGUUUGUUAUUUGGAUCGAGAAAUUGUGUUUAAUUUAUUAUUAUUUUUAAUUACGAAUUUGUAUUUCUAAGAGAAAUUGUGUACAAAAU